AUGAUUAGGCCUGCAGCAUCAGAACGGCAAACGCCCUUUUCAUUACAAAAAAUUACCUUAACUGAAUUGAAAUCAUCUCGAUAGCAUCCUCAAACUCCAUUCUUGAAUAGACUGUAUCCUAAAAGUAUUCAAAAGAAGCAUAUUGUAUAAUCCAAGCCUAUCACAACUGCUUAAUCACCUUUGAUAAGUUUGCUAAAGAACUCAAACUCUCACACAAAUAAUGGAGAGAAGGAAUAAGAUGACAAUGAUAGUAUAAAAAGACUAACUCAAAUAAAUAACUUGGGCAUGAAGAAAGUAAUGAAUCCAUAUGCUAUUGCUGAUCCAAGAGAUCAAUUAAGACCAAGUGAAAGAAACAAAAUGUCUUAGAGAUUUCAAUUACUAGAUCCUAAUAAGAAUGUUGUCAAAAUUCAUGUAGAGGAGUCAGAGGAUGAUGAUGAUAUUAAUAUUGAAGAAGUUCGAGGUUAGAGUGGAAGUAAAAUAAAUUUAUUCGAGAAAACCAAGCUCAGAGGAAUCAGCGGAGACAUGAUAUAGCUCUUGAGUGCUCGAAAUUCUCCAAGUGCUUUAAGACUCUUUGACGCUUAAGAUAUGAUAGAGUCUGAAAAUGGAUCAAACCUCUAAUCAUUUCAAAGCGUCCAAAAAAAAUAGUCAACUACAAAACUGAAUAAAAAUCAAGAUGAUAAUCAGGUUGAAACGCCAAACACGAGAAUGAGUAGGAAAUUCUAUGAAAAAUAUAAUAUAAAUCCUUUAGAGACAUUGCAGACUAUCAAGAAUCUAAAAAUGACAGAUAUGAGAUUGGAAAUUAGAUCUUAGGUUAAGAAGGAAAUGGAUGCGUUUUAGUCAUUUAUAAGGCAAUUUCCAUCAUAAAAAUAAAAUAAAAAAGGGUGUCAUUCAGAUAGGAUUGAAUAAUUUGCAUUACCUAGAGAGUUCGAUACCGAGGAUUCAAUUGUUAAUAAUAGUUAAGAGCUUAACAAAAGAAAAGAAUCUUCUACUAGUAAUAAAAUGAAUGAGUUAAAGUUGAUGAAAGGGAAGAAAGCAAUCGUGAAGAACAAUUUAGAAAAAAAGUAGGAUCAACUUUGGUAAGUAUUCUCCAUUUAGCCUAGAGCAUCAACAUCACAAAAUGUAAGAAGAAAUCAAAACAGAAGUCCAAGAAUAAAAGAACUGACAGAAUUGGAGAGAGGAACAAAAGUAAGAAAUGAAAAAUCAAGACCUAGGCAUUAAGUAUCAGUACUUUCGAUGGAAUAGCCAAUAAGAAGAGAAUCUCAAGGAGUAAAGUUAUCUCGUUUACAAGAAAAAGUUAUCUAAAAUACUCAUUAUAAGUCUUCUCAAUAACUACAGCACAACGAAGAGCAUAAUAAGAGUCCAGAAUAAAGAAAAUUGGAAGAGGAACUGCGGAGAAAUUAUUUCUUUAAAACUAGGCUAUACGAUAGAUUUAAGCCUAAACCAAGCGAGAGUCAAUCAAUCUAUAUUUCCAACCCAACUUAGAUACUUGAUAAGAUUUCUCUUAAUAAAAAUCUCCUACAUAAUACUCAAAACUUUAAGACAAUUUUGAAGUCAAAACAUUAGAAAACGCAAUCGUCACCUUUCUUAUAAUCUGUAAUGAGUUAAUAAAGAAACAUUAGAUCAUCAGUCAGUAAUUUUAGACCAACAUUCGGAAUGGAAGAAGAGGACCCAUCGAGACCUAAACUCUCUAUUUAAUCUCCAAGGUCUAUAAUUUAGCCGCAGCCUUAAGAAGAAGAAUAAAAAGCAAUUAAAAUCAUUAGAGAAUGCCUUAAGGCUUAGAAAUAGGCUCAAAUUGAAAAUGUAAAGAUGGAGUAUGAGCGGGAGAUGAUUAUAAAAUACUAUGAAGAUUUAGGGCAUCUAUUUCAACACUUAAUUCAAGAAGAGGAAUUUUUGGAAUCAAAUAAAGAGAAAAUUAGUGACAUUUUUAAGGAUUAUCUCUAAUAAAAAUAGGACUUUGUUGUGGGAAAGGGUAAAAAAGAUGUGCUUGAGGAUUUUAUUGAGUAAGAAUUAGAGGAAUACCUAGAAUUCAGGCAUCACGGGGCUACCCUAUAUGAUGCUAUAAUACAGAAAUACACUUAGCAAUUUAAUUAGCAGAGAAAAAAAAAGAAGAAAUUUUUACAGCUCGUGAUAUGA